AUGGAUCAGGUGGCGGAAUGGGCUGCCUCGGACAGUUUCCCAAAUCUAGCCACGAUACAUGUUGAAUACGAAAGCACCAGGGAGCCGGAGAAAGCUGCAAGGCUUGUAGGAAGCAUCAAGAGAUCGCUCCGAAAUGUAGGAAGAAAGGGAGAAGCUGAGGAUGGAAAUACAUUGGCCCUUACAUCAGGCUAG